AUGACUUGGGAGACUAUCGCUGCUCAGAAACGUCAGGCCCUUAGGGCCUCGAUUCCCGAGGAAUGGGUGAUUCCUUUAGACAUUCUUCCUCCUGAUACCCAGCUGGACGUGACAAAUUUUCUCAAACAAUCUGGCUGGUUUAACAAGCGAGAACUGGAGAUUACAUCGACACCCGCACCCCAACUUCUUGUCAAUAUAGCCACUGGCUCGUGGACGUCGGAGGAGGUUACCCGCGCAUUCUGCAAAGCUGCUGCGGCUGCUCAUCAAUUGACCAACUGCUUGUCAGAGAUCCUAUUCGACAAAGCCAUCGCUCGCGCGCGCGAAUUGGACGAGUAUCACAGAACAACCGGCAGAACCAAAGGCCCUUUCCACGGCCUCCCAAUCUCAAUCAAGGACAACUUCAAUAUCAUCGGUCAUGAUUCUACCGUGGGCUUCACAUCACUGGUCAAUGACCCGGCUACCUACAACAGUACCCUAAUCGACUUGCUUCUCGAUGCUGGAGCCGUGCUCUACGUGAAGACCAAUGUGCCCACUGCUAUGAUGAUCGCCGAGUCUGUCAAUAAUGUGUUCGGACGCACCGUCAACCCGCGCAACCGUAAUCUAACGUCCGGUGGCUCUUCUGGUGGUGAAUCCGCUUUGAUCGCCUUCGGAGCGAGCCGAUUGGGAGUGGGAACUGAUAUCGGUGGUUCAUUGCGUAUCCCUGCCGCAUGCACAGGCAUAUUCACAAUUCGACCCUCCGCAGGGCGAUUCCCCAAUUUCCAAACCCGCUCUGGUCUCGCGGGCCAGGAGGCUGUAAACAGUGUCAACGGACCCAUGGCCUCCACUUUAUCCGAAAUCAUUCUCUGGGCCAAAACGGUCGUUGACCAGCAGCCCUGGAUUCGGGACCCGAAGUGCCUUCCCAUCCCCUGGAGGACUGUGACUCCCAAGCGUACUCUCAAGAUCGCCGUUCUCUGGAAUGACGGUAUAGUCACUCCCACACCACCGGUUGCCCGUGCCCUGAAGGAAACGGUUGCCAAAUUGCAGCAGGCCGGCCAUGGGAUAGUCGAUUGGAAACCAACAGGGCACGAUAAGCUGCUAUCCAUCCUGGGCCGUAUGUUCGUUGCAGAUGGCGGAAAGUCUGUUGCCAAUCUCCUAGAGCCAACGGGGGAACCUUUCCGUCCAGAGAUGAAGGCCUACGCUGAGGCGUCGGAGUUGGGUGUUCACGCUAUGUGGCAGUUGCAGCUAGAACGGAAUGGAGUGUGCAAGUCAUACCUUGACCAGUGGAAUGAAAGUGGAAUCGAUGCUAUACUUUGCCCUACCACGCCUUAUAGUGGUGUUGAGAAUGGUAAAUUCGGCUAUGUUGGAUAUACAGGCGUAUUCAAUGUUCUGGAUUACCCUGCGGUCUCCUUCCCUUGCGGUGUCUAUGCUGACAAGGUCAUUGACGGGGCCUACGCUGACGAUGAGGCAUUGAGUGCAGUUGAUGCACAGAUACGGAAUGAUUAUAAUGCGGACAACAUCCAUGGAAUGCCAGUCAGUCUCCAACUAGUUGGACGACGACUGGAGGAGGAGAGCGCUUUGACGAUGGCUGAAGUGGUUCUGCAAACACUAGGAUGAGUACACAGGCUCUAGCAUGACGCAAAGAAGAAUUGAAGAUAGAUAGAGAUAACAAGCAUAC